AUGAAUAGGAAAGAGGUAUUUCGUGAUGACUUAACUUUUUUCAAACAACAAGUACCUCUGCUGCUACCAGAUGACGUAAAAAAGCCUUUAGCUUAUCUUGCUGACAGCCAUGUGAGAGACAUUGUUGGGAUUGCAAAGGACAUGCCAUAUGUUUUUGCAAGUACAGGUAAGGAGCCAAUGAGGGCUGGGGCUGCCCUAGAUGUGGUCAAGUACGAAGCAGAAUUGAAACACCCAGAGAGGAUCUACGCAACAAAUUUAAGAAAGUAUACAGCCACUAUAUCACAGGUGAUGGAUCUUAGAGAACAUGAAUUACACUGGUUAACCAAAUAUCUUGGGCAUGCGCAAAAACUUAAAAUGUCUCACUACAGCCAAACGUCUGGUUUAGUUGAGCAUUUGGAUAUCGCCAAGAUAAUGCUGUUACAGGAGCCAAACAAUGUUGGAAGAUUUGAUGGAGUUGAUGUCGCGAACAUUAACUUCGAAGACUUAGACAGUGGCAAAGAGGAUGUUGGUACAAUGACUGAGCUGACAGUAGUUAAAGAUGACCCAGACAUGAGUGGAGAUGAUGACAAUGAAUUUUCUCAGACUGGAUUGGACAAAGAUUUGCACGAGGAAAGGGAUUACGUAGCAGAAUUUCCACAUGGAUACAGGAUGUAUGCGGGCAAUAAAAUUGUUGUUAUUCCUCAAGCUACAUCGGAUCAGCCAAGCCAAAAUAAAACCACUACCGCAUUAAAACAACCAACAUUUAUUACCAUAGAUGAAUCUGAUAAAGACAAGUUCAUAAAUGACUCGAGAAAUAUAAACACACUUAAAAAGAAUGAGUCAGCUGUCAGACAGUUCCAGAGGUGGCUGUCGAGUGAACCUAGGCAUGUGACAGUUGAGCUAACCGAGAUUCCCGUAGAAAGGUUGGACGACUAUAUUGGCUCCUUCCUACUGUCAAUUAGGAAAGCAGAUGGAUCCAACUAUGAACCUGAUACUCUCACCAGUUACCACCGUGGAAUUGAUCGGUAUUUACGUGAACAAAACUAUCCCUUUAGCAUGGUAAAUGACCGUGAAUUUUCCUCAUCAAGGGCUGUUCUAGCAGCUAAACGCAAAGAGUUGAAGAUGAUUGGGAAAGGAGGUCGCCCGAACGCAGCCAAGCCACCCACAACAGAUAUGCAAAUACUGUUAAAAGAGAAGAAAUGCAUUGGAUUCGAUACCCCACAGCAGCUGAUAAACAAAAUGUGGCUCAAUAAUACAACGUUGUUUGGACUUCGGAUGGGUACAGAACACCAUAAUCUUCGCUGGGGGGAUAUCACACUGAAAACAGAUGCAGACGGGACUGAUUACCUUGAAUUCAAGGGGCGUGGCAAUAAACCAAGAACUGUCUCAAGUCAGCUUGCUUUCAAAUCAAAACCUUAUUCACAGGAGUCUCUUGAAAGUUGUCCGAUAUAUUCUUACAAGGAAUUCACGAGAAGGCGUCCAGAUGAUUCAUGCACGCCCGAGUCACCCUUCUAUCUGGCUAUAAACCGCACUAGACGGCCAGAUGCUGAAGUGUGGUAUAAAAACGAACCUUUAGGUGAAAACAGGGUGCGUGUUUUGAUGAGGAAAUUGACACAAAAAGUCAGUGAUGGAAAGACCAAUCAGUAGGCUUGAAAAAUUAUUUGCAUAAUAUAAAUGCAUACUUACCUCGCUUUAUUGCAAACAGUAUUUUAAGACCUGCCCUGUAUUAAACACGAGUUCCACAACCAUGUCUUAUACAACGCCCACGUACCAGGUGUUACUUUGUUAAGGUUUAACUUCAUAUGUGGAAGUUAUUCUUAAAACUUAAUAACUGCAAGAUCGUUAUGCCUUAUCUGAAACCGAUUCAAGGAAUGUACAUGCAUUGUGACACAGAAUUUUAACAUUGAAAAUAAUUUUUCAGAGGUUAAACAGCCAGAUAAUUUAUCUACCAGUUCUGAAAAAAUCCUAAUGUGAUAGUUUCACUCAUUCUUAUUAGCUCAUCUGAUUUUUUGAAAAAAAAUGAUGAGUUAUUGUCAUCACUUGAGCGGUUGUCGGCGUCGGCGUCGGCGUCGGCGUCGGCGUCGGCGUUGCCUGGUUAAGUUUUAUGUUUAGGUCAGCUUUUCUCCUAAACUAUCAAAGCUAUUGCUUUGAAACUUGGAAUACUUGUUCACCAUCAUAAGCUGACCCUGUAUAGCAAGAAACAUAACUCCAUCUUGCUUUUUGCAAGAUUUAUGGCCCCUUUUGUACUUAGAAAAUAUCAGAUUUCUUGGUUAAGUUUUAUGUUUAGGUCAACUUUUCUCCUAAACUAUCAAAUCAAUUGCUUUGAAACUUGGCAUACUUGUUCACCAUCAUAAGCAGACCCUGUACAUCAAGAAACAUAACUCCAUCUUGCUUUUUGCAAGAAUUAUUGCCCCUUUUGGACUUACAAAAUCAGUUUUCUUGGUUAAGUUUUAUGUUUAGGUCAGCUUUUGUCCUAAACUAUCAAAGCUAUUCCUUUAAAACUUGCAACACUUGUUCACCAUCAUAAGCUGACCCUGUACAGCAAGAAACAUAACUCCAUCCUGCUUUUUGCAAGAUUUAUGGCCCCUUUUGGACUUAGAAAAUAUCAGAUUUCUUGGUUAAGUUUUAUGUUUAGGUCAACUUUUUCUCUUAAACUAUCGAAGCUAUUGCUUUAAAACUUGCAACUCUUGUUCACCAUCAUAAGCUGACCCUGUACAGCAAGCAACAUAACUCCAUCCUGCUUUUUGCAAUAAUUAUUGCCCUUUUUGGACUUAGAAAAAUCAUUUUCUUGCUUGAAUAUUAUGUUUAAGUCAACUUUUCUCAUAAACUAUCAAAGCUAUUGCUUUAAAACUUGCAACAGUUUUUCACCAUCAUAAGUGGACACUGUACAUCAAGAAACAUAACUCUAUCCUGCUUUUUGCAAGAGUGAUGGUCCUUUUUAGAAUUAGAAAAUCAUGGGUAGGACAAUAUUUCUAUUAUACAAAAAAAAUCAAAUGAGCGUCAGCACCCGCAAGGCGAUGCUCUUGUUUAAAUAUUAGACCAGUUAGAAACACUUGAGUGUUUGUUCAUGAUUUUAUAUACAUGUAUAUUUAAAGGAGAGUAUAUUACGUUGAAUUGAGUUGAAAAUUCAUGAAAAGGUUCCGUUAUUUAUAUAACUCUGGGAUGUUUCUAGAAUAGUAGAAUCACUUCUGCUUACAUACAAGUAUAUGUUAGUUUGUAUUCCCGUGAUACUUUUAUUAAAUGAAUGAAUUUCUUUACCA